UCCAUGAUGCUGGGCAAAAAAAGAAAAACAGGUUACGCCAUUUAACAAUAUUGAACUCAGAGGUAGUUGCGCUAUAUUUUGUACAAAAUGUCAGAUAGUACGUGGCGUGUACUCUUGUAAUAUAGUGAUGAUAUUUCUACGUAUGACUUAACCAACGGGCCUAUAGUUAUGCAUACAGUGAAUUCAAUGCGUUGGCUGGUCUCAUGAGCUCGCAAACGUCUCCACAUCUUUGCUAACUUUAGCCGAUCUUUUCAGCUAGGUUAGCUCAGCUGUUCCGAGUUGCUGUGCGGCCGCCGAGCGGGUACCUGCUGUGUACACUACAAGAUUGUUUCAGGAUCAUUGGACUAAUAUACUUGACAAAGAUGGCUAACAUUGGGGCAGUGGUAGACGCAACCAACGACGAUGUUGUCGACAAACAGGGUUCAGGGGUUAACCUGCGUUCUCGACCGCACUCCAUCGAGAAGGAUAGCCAGGUGCGGGCUGUCAAAGUCUCUCUCCAGAGGGCAUUGGGAACGUAUGAGCCUGUUUUGACCUAUCUACAGUCGGUCUUAAUCUGGGAAAGACCUUUCCAGUGUGUGCUUGUAUACACGGUGGUCAACGUGGUGUUCUGGUUCUUUGCCCUGACCUCCUUGCGUCUGCUUUUCCUGCUGGCUUCUGGCACGGCAGUGUUUGUCUGCCUGGAUACCUGGAAGAACAAAAUAUGGCCGUUGAUCAAAGUGAGAAAAAUGGAUGAGAUGGAAAAUGAAAGCUGGGGCCUGGUGCAGCCUGGGCUUCUGAGUGUGCCUGAACUGUGCCACCACAUCGCAGAGGCCUGGGUCAGUGGAGCAGCCUGCACAGCCAGCAUGGCCCAGUACAAACUUCUCAAUCCUGGCAAGUUUUGCCUGCUGACCUGCACAGUGCUGGGCCUAGUGGCAAUGGUGGGUCGCUACAUUCCUGGACUGGUUCUGGCCUACUCUGCUGUGAUGGGUGUUCUCCUCGCUCCCCUGGCCGCCUAUCACAGGCUUCUGCAGCAUGUGAGCGUGAGGCUAGAGCCAGUCCUGCAGCGGCUGGACUUCAGCGUCCGUGGAUACAUGAUGUCUAAGCCUAUUGAUAAUCAGUUCCUGAGAAGGUCUAUCCGCGGUGCGGCCUCAGGAGAUGCCAGUGACAGCGAGGAAGAGCUGGCUGCUUUCUGUCCAUCGUUUGAUGAUGCUGUUGUGGCCAGGGAGCUUGCGCUGACGGACUCUGAACACUCUGACGCUGAGGUGUCCUACACAGACAAUGGAACGUUCAAUCUAUCUCGGGGCCAGACUCCACUCACAGAGGGCUCUGAAGAUUUCGACCGCCACAGCGACGCAGAGGAAUCGUUUGCUCAGGACCUCCAGGACUUCCCCACCUUCAACCCGGACGCCACCCUGCUGGACGACGACGACGACACGAGCAUCGGCCUGCCCAGCUUGGGCCUCUCCGAGCUGGCCAGCCACCGGGCCUCCCUGCCGGACAUUGACUCGGACCAGGAGGACCUGGAGCUCUGUGCCGCCAACUUCAGGGACGAACUCGCCGGAGCGUUCGCCAGCAACAUGAUCCAGGCGGCGCUGGCUGGAGCCCUGCAGCCCCGGUCCCACGCUGGCCAGCGAGCCCGGGAAGGGCCGCCCCGGGCCAGGGCCCAGCGGAGCUACCGCAAGCAGUCGAGCUCGGAGCUGGACACGGACUGGGACGGGGAAGACUUUGAGAUGCUGGAUCAGUCCGAACUGAACCAGAUGGAUCCGGUGUCCGGAACCGGAAGUAGGCGGGGAGAUCCCGGCCAGGUUUCCAACUACUUGUCCAAUCUGCUGGGAAAACCACAGUAGUGUGUGUGUUUGUGUGUGUGUGGGGGGGGGG